UAUAACGAGGUAUGAUAAAUGAAUUUGAAUUUUCGUUCCUAUCGUUUGGAGCUGUGUAUUUUUUUUAAAUUUAUUUUAUUGUAAAUAUAAAAUUCUGUUAAAAAAUAUUACUAAUCACGCGGGAAUUCAUAUAGAUUGAAAAAUCGAAUAAAAAAUGAAAGAAAAGUAAAUUUGCCGCGUACUUUUGAUAGAAAAGCUCAUUGUCAGGCGAAAUCGUGCUGCCAAGUUCGUGUGUUUAUAACCUAAAUUAAUAGGCUGCUGUGUUGAGUUGUAAAUUAUUCGACUGAAAAUAUCUGGAGAUACUGACAAUCUACUGAUAGUUGUUGAACAAUUUUUUAAAAACAAUUUGCAUAACAAAAUUAUCAUUUUAAUAUGAACGUCUUACGUUCGUGUGUUAAAACUAUUAUUCUAAGUAAAGGAGUGCGCUCUUUAAAUUACGAAGGCCAGAGAUGUAUUAAAAGAUGGGUGGCUGCAACGCAAUUCCAAAUAACUAGUCGCAAGAGGAAGUUACCUGAACAAAAACCAAAGCGUAACACCUUUCUAGAUUGGAAUAGAUCUGCAGAGAUUUAUGCAUUUAAUAAGAGAUUAUCCGAAGAUUUCAAUUUUGAAAAAUUGGAGCAAGCUUUCACUCAUAGAUCAUAUGUCAUUCGAGAAGAGCAACGACAGAGAGAAAUGGAAAUAGAAGAUCCUAAGCUUGAUAUACAGGAUAACACGGAUCUUAUUAUGAAAGGCGAAAAGCUUACUUCAGAAAUUGUACAAAAUUAUUUAACCAAAGCUUUACCUCGUGCACCUGAGAAUGUCAUAAUUUCAUUACAUGAUUAUCUUCUUUCUGAAGAAAAUCUCGCCAAAGCAGCUUUUCAUAUUGGUACAAAAGAUAUUAUUUUAACUGAAGAACAUCCAGUAGCAGAGAAAACUUUAGCUGACACGUUUCUUGCACUUGUUGCGGCACUCGCAGAAAGUGUAGAUGCGAAUCAUGCGACAAAUUUUGUUAAGGAUUUUCUAAUUGUAAUACUAGUUGAGAAAGAUUUAACAGAAAUCUGGAAUCCAGCUGAACCACUCGAAAUUUUAAACGAAGUCCUACGGAAACAAAAAAGAUCGCUCGCCAAACCGAGGCUUAUCGGGCAAGCGGGACAAAAUACGCUUUUAGUCGCAUAUCAUGUAGCAAUGUAUUCUAAUAAAGAGUUUUUAGGUUCAGGAUUUGGUCAAACGAUUCAGGAAGCCAAGAAUGUAGCUGCCAUAAAUGUUUUAAGCCGAAUGUUUGGUUUAUCAGAUUCUAGUAAACCAAUCAAAAUCGAUAAAACGAUAAAUAUAUUCUCAUAAAAAGAAAAAA